AGUCACUAGGUCAUGUUUGCCACGUUCCGAAAAGAAGCACGAGAUGGCGGAAUUGUUUGCAUAUCGAACACGAGCUUACCACCCGUGUCUGGUAGUCAACUCCACCAUUUUGCUUGCGAUAGAUGUCGUGCAAAGAAGUUAAAAUGCUCCGCCCACAGAUUUGGGUGUGAUCGGUGCCGAGAUCUCAACGUCACUUGCACAUAUUCUGCUUCUCCUCAGGCGCAACGGCAGAAAAAUAGAAGGGUUUCCCUAUGUCGAUCAAUUGCCGCAGCAAAGACGAGUGAUAAAGUCAGUUCGCAGAGAGUGGAGGGCGUACCUAAAAAUCACGGUGAAAUCAUUUCCCAGAGGGAUUUUGCGUCAAAGACAGCGCUGGAGC